AAAAACUGUUAAAACCCUAAUCCCCCUUUCUCCUCGUCGUCGUCGCUUUUCUUUCUCUGAGCUUGAAAGACGAAGAUGACGGUGGAAGCAGUGAACCCUAAGGCGUAUCCGUUAGCUGAUUCUCAGUUAGCGAUAACGAUCCUGGAUCUUGUUCAACAGGCUACGAACUACAAGCAGCUCAAGAAGGGAGCUAAUGAAGCUACCAAGACUUUGAACCGUGGGAUCUCCGAGUUCGUGGUUAUGGCUGCUGAUGCUGAGCCGCUUGAGAUUCUUCUCCACCUUCCUCUCCUUGCCGAAGACAAGAAUGUGCCGUAUGUGUUUGUACCAUCGAAACAAGCGUUGGGAAGAGCAUGUGGAGUGACAAGACCUGUGAUCGCUUGUUCAGUUACAUCGAACGAGGCAAGCCAGUUGAAGUCGCAGAUUCAACAGCUCAAGGAUGCUAUUGAGAAACUCCUAAUCUAAGGGAUUGGGUGUGUCGGUGUGAAGAGUCUCUCAAGGCUCUGACUGAAAGUUUCAUUUGUGUAAUCUCUUGGUGUAAUUUUGUUUUUUAUUUAUGCAGUGGAGUUUUUUUUCUUUUAAGUUUGGAUCUUGGUGCUUGGUUUGUGUUGAAACAUUAUUGUCAAAGAGCUUUUCUGCGGUC